AUGUAUGAGUACGAGCAGAUCAUGACCUUCGACCAGCCCAUGAUGAUGGCCGGCUCGUCGAGCACAGCAAGCACGAGCUCCCCGGUCAAAAAGAAGAAGAGCAUCAAGUCAGACAACUCGCUCGACCUGCGCGGGCCGAUGGAGGUCGACGGGUCCGUCAAGUCCAUGGCCUCGGUCACCUUCAACGGGGACUUCUCGGUCCGCGACCGCAUCGAGGCGUACGGCGAUCUCAAGGUCAGCGGGAACCUGAGCUGUGCCGGGAAAGUCAAGAGCAUGGGGAAUGUGAAGGUCAAUGGGGCUGUUGUUUGCAUGGACAAAGUCAAGAUCUUUGGCAAGCUCAAGAUCAAUGGAUCAUUGGAGGUGCAGGGUGACUUGGAGGUCUGGGGCGCGUUGACCAUCAAUGGGUACCUAAAGUGCAGGACACUGACGGCGUACGCAUCGCUCACGACUGUCGGCGACCAGUCGUGGUAUGAGGCCGAGGAGGGCGAGACGGUCCAUGGCGCGAAGCUGGUUCAACGCUGA